AUGGAAGCUCAAACCACCGGGCAUCUGUCUGGAGACCCAUGGGUUGAGAAGAAGGACAUUCUUCACCGCCUGUAUGUGCAGGAAAAGAAAAAGCUCACAGAAGUCAAGACAAUAAUGGAAAAAGAAUACGGAUUUCCUAGUGCACCAAUUUCCACAUACGAAACAAAGCUGAAUAGGCUCCUGGGCCUGCGGAAAAACCUGAAGCGUUCCGACUGGUUGAUCGUUGAGAAGCGGCUGAAAGCGCGAGGUCAGAAACCUACCGAAGUCCUCCUUUGCGGCAAGAUUAUGGAGCCGCAAAAGCUACGGAGAAAGAUAACGAGGGCUCGAGCCAAAGCGGCUCUACUUGAUGGGAGCUAUAUCACUUCGCAGAAGCCGUUCUUGGAUCUGAGCUCUGAAAUCGCCAGAUUCUAUGACACGGAUACCGCCUCGGGUCUUGGGUGGCAGGCGCAGAGAGGUUUUACUAGGAGAAGCGUUGGGAUAUCCGUCAUUGCAGUCGCGGCACUCAUGAAGGAUAGUCCUUUCUCCUGCUUCAGACAAGAUCUCCGCCAGCUGAGCUUCGUCGACAAUCCACCCCGCUUCGACAGCACUUCCAUUAUUCGACGGUUAAUCGAACAAGGUGUCUCUCCCUACGCGGAAAUUCGAACUGCCCUUCUCUUCAAACGAGCGCCUUUUCAUAUCGCAGCGGAUAACUGCAACCAUUCUUUACUAUCAUACCUCUUGGAUGCUGGUAUUGAGCCUCACCAUAGAGACUCAAAGGGGCACACACUGCUCGGGCUGGUGAUGAUGGCGAAGGCCGACCAGUCGGACAAAGUCGCAUGCAUCCAAUUAUUAUUUGAAGCUGGCGCCGACGCUCAAGCACCAAUGAAAUCUGCGAGGAUGGAUGGCUUUGAGCCACAAGACCCGAGCGCUUUGGACUUCGAGCUAUCCCAUGUCGACUGGGCGUAUCUAAACGUCCCAGAGCUCUACCACAGCUGCUUCGAGAAGUAUGAAUCCACGCCCAAUCUUACCAUCUCGGGGAUUCUCUCCGCGUCGGUUAACGGCCCUGAGGCAUUGAAAUCUUAUGUGAACUCCAAAUCGUUCUUUUGCCGACCCCGCCGCGAUCUCAUGCUAGAAAAGGCUCUCUAUUUCCUCUGCACCCUCUCGGGUAUUGAACGGCGGGUAAAAGCCGCGAGAGAAUUGCUCAGUCUUGGUGUUGAUGCAGACGCUGUUAGAUUUCGCAGAAGCAUGAGCUCUCGUCUCUGCGAAGGCGCCUUUUUUCCCACCUAUAUAAGUAUCCCCCCUCCAGUCGAGCGCAUUCUAUCAAGAAUGGAACCAGAUACUCUGGAUCAAGAUUUGGAAUUGCUCACUUUGUUCAUCUGCCCCGGCGCGACGAUAAAAUUUCGGGUGGCCCUUACUCAGGCAGCUUCUACAAACCAGAUCCGUGCUCUCGAGCUCCUCAUCAACACCAUGAAUGAUGCUGACAUUCCCAUCCAUGGAGUUCCCGCAUUGGUUUGCGUGGCACGACGUAACAACGCCGAUGCUGUUUCACUCCUCUGUAAACACGGUGUUUCUAUCAACAGCCAACUUCACAAUCGAUCAGUGCUCGCCCACGCCCUUGGGCCUGGUAGAGAUGGCAGGUUUCCCUCCACGAGGGCAAAUGCCGCCAUGUUUCAGCUUCUUCUCGAUUUGGGAGCCAGAAUUGCACCGCCGGCCGACAGAGAAAUCCUAGAAAUAAUCCUAGAGAGCGACACCAAGGAUAAGUGUGAGAAAGUCGAGAUUAUGAUUCGUCAAGGUGUCGACUUCUCUUGUUGGAAUGGACUGUCUUUGACCUUGGCUAUUAUGACUUGGGAAGAGUGGUACGACUCUGAUACACCAGACCCUAAUUCCUGGCAACCCAGAGCGUUUGGGCUGCUCCUGGAUCAUAACUUCCCUGUUACCCAAACCGAGUUCUGCGAUCGUCGCGGAGAAAAAGAAUGUGCGCUCUCCUUUAUCAUCCUGAUGAAGGCAGAUGUGAGGUUAGUGCGACGACUUCUUGAUGCUGGCGCGAGCAUCAACCCAAGGCGCGAAGAAUGUUACCGCACGCCCUUACAGGCGGCAGCACUAGUGGGAAAUAUGGAUUUGGUGAACGAACUUGUUCGUCGAGGGGCAUACAUCAAUCCUCCAGCGCCGGGUCCCCAUUCCGACCCUGUUCUUGUAUGCGCAUGCCGGAGCGAAGAAGCGAAACUUGAUUUAAUUCAGUAUCUGAUUGAGAAUGACGCUGAUGUGAACGCGGUAUCUCCCAAGUUACAACGGACCGCGUUGGAGGUUGCUUCGAGGUAUGGCCGGGUGGACGUCUUGACCACACUCCUUGACGCAGGCGCAAGAUGGAACCGAUCAGGCCAGAAAAUGAGCGCGUUAGAUAUAGCUGCUCGCUGGGGCCACAUUGAGGCGGUUCAUUUGUUAGUCAAGAUUGGAGUGACGAGUGCAAAGCCUGGGAAAACUGGCUACGAUUAUGCCAUUGAACUUGCAGACAAGGGAGAUCACUGGACUGUUGCGGAAGUGAUUCGUCGUUACGCGAAGGAGAAAAGAGCUUAA